AAAAGAAAAGAAAAAGGUCGCCUUUUUGAGUUCGUUGUUGAGACCAGACAAAUAUACUCGAAGGGAUAUUUUUUUCUCUCUGUCAUCGUCAUCCACUUCGCUGCAUACGGUCGCUGCAAAAGAGGCGCCUAUUCCGCUUUUCGGACACCAUAGGAGCGAAUCGAUAGUUUGGGCUCGAUCGAGCUCCAUCAGAUCCACCGUUACUUAUUUCGAUAAGAAGUUGGGUUAGAUUUGAUCUGUGGAGGUGAUCUUCUGGGGAUAGAAAUUAGCCAGAUCUAAGGGGGUUGGGCAGGUAUGUCUUUUAUUGGUACCCAAGAGAAAUGCAAGGCAUGCCAAAAGACUGUGUAUCCUGUGGAACUACUAUCCGCUGAUGGGGUUAAUUACCACAAGUCUUGCUUCAAGUGCACUCACUGCAAAGGGACACUAAAGCUUAGCAAUUAUUCCUCAAUGGAAGGUGUUCUGUAUUGUAAACCUCACUUUGAGCAGCUUUUUAAAGAAACGGGUAAUUUCAACAAGAACUUUCAGUCACCCGCAAAGUCAGCUGAGAAAUUAACUCCUGAGCUGACAAGGUCACCUAGCAAGGCAGCCAGCAUGUUUUCUGGGACACAAGAGAAAUGUGCCACCUGCAAUAAAACCGCUUAUCCGCUGGAGAAGGUAACAGUGGAGGGCCAGUCCUAUCAUAAAUCUUGUUUCAAGUGCUCUCACGGUGGCUGUCCUAUAUCUCCAUCAAAUUAUGCAGCUCUUGAGGGCAUUCUGUAUUGUAAGCACCAUUUUUCUCAGCUGUUCAAAGAGAAGGGGAGUUACAACCACCUUAUCAAGUCUGCAUCAAUCAAACGUGCGGCGGCAGCUUCUGUUCCUGAAGCUUGAGUUCAAGUUCCUUGCAUACAUCUAUUCCAGUGUGUUUUUUCUCUAAACCAAGAGGAACUAGCAAGCACUUGGUUCCUCUAUUGUCUGUUUUAUGAUUUUCUGUUGUUUGGACAUAUUGUUGUGGUUGAUUGAUCUGUACUCCUACAUAUAUGUUUGUAGACCUAUGUUUUUGUGUUUAUAACAAAUCAUUAAUGAAAUUGAUGAAAGAAAUACAUUAGCCAUUGUGAGCUGACACCA